AUGAAUGGUGGUCUGAUUGUUGGAACGAUGGAUGGUGCGAACAUCGAGAUCAGGGAGGAAUGUGGCCAUGAUACGAUGUUCAUCUUCGGAUGCCAGGAAAAUGAGGUGGCUGGCAUCGCUGCCCGGGCGCAGGAAGGCCACUAUCCGAUCGAUGGGCGCUUGCAGGCCGUCUUUGACGAGAUUCGCAGCGGUAAGUUCGCUGGCCAGGCGGUGAGAAAUUCUGGAUGGUGCAGCAUGCGUAAGUCCUCCAGCCAGGCCGAGCCCGAGGCGCAGGGUGAGUUCGAAUCGCUGAUCAACCGCAUGUGCAACACCCGCGCGGCAGGAUCCUUCGCCUUUGCACACCUUCUUGCACACCUUUGCACCCCUGCACGCAUCGCAGGAACUUGGGAUGGAGACCGGUAUUUGGUGAUCCAUGACUUCCCUUCGUUCAUCGAUGCACAGGCGAGGGUGGAUGAAACCUACAAGAACCGGCACCAAUGGUGCAAGCUGAGCAUCCAAGCAGCCGCCUCCAUGGCGCAGUUCUCCACCGAUCGAACCAUGCGAGAGUACUCCAAGGUGAUUUGGGAGAUCGAGCCGGCGAGGCGCCCCGUGAACGAGGAGAUGGCGGCGAGGAAGCAGGCGGUUGGGAAGGACAAAGAGACCAUCGCCAAGGAAGCAGCGGAGAACGCCGCCGCCAAGGAGGCUGCCGCCAAGGAAGCAGCGCAGACUGCGGCGGUCAAGGAGGCAGCUGCGAAGGAAGCUGCCAAAGAGGCUGCGACCAAGGAUGCGCUUGCCAAAGAAGCAGCCAAAGAAGCGGCUGCAAAGGACGCAGCUGCCAAGAAAGCUGCAAAGGAUGCUUCUGAGAAGGAGGUAGCUGCCAAGGAAGCUGCAAGAGAUGCAGCCGCUAAAGACGCAGCUGCCAAGAAGGCUCAAAAGGAUGCCACGAUCAAGCGAGAGGCAGCUGACAAGGAGGCCAGCAAGGCCGACGCCAAGGCCGCCCCGGGCAGAGGACAGACGGUGGCGGUGCUAGAUGUCCGGGGCAGCUCCCGCCAGUUCGAGAGGGAGCUGCAACAACUAAUGGUUGAAACACCACUGGGAACUCAUCCACACGUGGUCCAGAUCCUGGGAGAGACCGACGAUGGCCAGAUCGUCAACGAGUGGGCUCCUCUCGGGUCCAUGACCAACUACGAUGGUUCAGGAACGCACUUCACAACCAUGGCGGGCUCGUUAUCUUGGUCACUCCUGGCUGUCAUUGCCUGCCAAGUCGCGUCUGCGGCCGAGGCGUUCUGGAACUCGAGUUUGCUCCAUCGCGACCUAGCUGCCAGAAACGUGUUGGUCUUCAGCCUCGACCCCCCACUGGUAAAGCUGACAGAUUUCGGCCUGGUUGCUACCUCUGGGCAGGAACGCUUCACGUGGCCGAAGGGUCACGCCAUGGGAACUCGGUGGAUGGCACCCGAAAGCCAGCCUGACUCCGAUUUCCAUUUCGAUGACAAGACGGAGAUCUACACCUUCGGCUGCUUCCUUUUCGAGUUGGCGACGCGGGGGACCCUGGUACCCUACUCACGCACGGGGAACGAUCGCAUUCCCGCCCUGAAGAGGUCCGGGGCGCUUCCCUGGGCGGACCUCGGGGCUGCUCCAUCUUUCCCAGCAGGAUUUCGCCAGCUGAUUGAGAUGUGCUGCGAGCGGCUGCCUGGGAAUCGCCCGAGCUUCGGCCAACUCCAAAAGUACCUGCAGCGACUGCGGGAGACGGAUGGUGAAAGCAUUCUUCCUGCGAGCACGAUGGCGUGCCCGCUGAACGAGGACCCCAGUAAGCCUUGGGUGCCUACAUCUCCUCUGCUGCGCGUCUUCGACCGUGACUCCGUGCUGCCGGCAGAGCUGAGCGACCUGCAGGCGAAGACGACUGUUUGGAGAAUGUCCCGGGACCAGGUCUACUCGCUGCCGCUUUUCAGCGACACCGCCUGCGAUGCCUUGCUGGAGGACCUCAUCCUGUUUCAUCGCGCCGGGCGACAGACCUCCCGGGCAAAUUCCAACAACCGCUUCUCAUUGCGGCUUUCCGAGCUCGGCUACGAGCCCUUCCUUCGGGCCCUCGUUGAAGAAGUUGCUUCGCCCCUGUUUGGACAGCUGCAGGGGGAUCCCGACCUCAAACUCGCCUACCGGCACGGACACACGGUGCAGCGUGUGCACGACGACGCCCUUGAGAAGUCUCCCUUGCCGGGCAGCAACAGAGGGUCCCUCCACACCGAUGACAGCGACGUGACAGUGAAUGUCAACAUUGGCGGAGACUGGUUGGGCGGUGGAUUGAAAUUCUUCGAGGAUGACUCGGAGGAGCCUUCCCUCACGUUGCCCCAAGCAAAGGGCCAGGCGUUCCUACACCGAGGAAAGAUUCGGCACCAGGCUGGGCUGCUGACUGCAGGUUAUCGCUUUAAUUUGGUGAUCUGGUGUGACGUCGUGCACAGUUCGCAUCCGGGUGGAUCUGUUCAUUUUCUUGUGUGGAUUGUACAGCUGCCGUCCAUGAAGAGAUGGUUGGCACGGGUCUCGCUGAAUCACUCAGGGACAGGAGCUUCAAGCAUUGCAGGCCUCACAAAAGCAAUUCAGGAGGCCUUGCGAGUCGCAGAGGCAGUGCAACCUUUGCUUCAAGAGGGAACCAGUUUUGGCCAGCGCUUCGCAGCUUUACUCAUAAACCUGAGACUAGCCGUGUGCUUACUCCAGUUCAUGACGUGUCAGCUUCUGCGCCUUGACUGGCAGAUAAGCAAACCGACAGAUCCGAAAUUUUGCCAUGGAAAUGGGCGCAACUGCUUAGUGCACGAAGCGCAGAGGGUCUGGAUGUGGCUCCUCGUCUUCGCUCCGGUCUGUGUCUUGUCGCUCCCUGUUCCUCCGACCGGUCCAAAGCAGGCUGAACUUCGCACUACGUGGUCAACAGCUCCCGAGAUCACGAGGCGCCUGUGGAGCUCAUUCGCCACACUGGGCUUGGGCUUGGGCACCGUCACUUCGAAGACGGAAGCUGCUGAAUCCGCCCUGCCCGUCAGGUCGGAGACAGUCGAGGUGCCGGGUGCAAACGAGUUCUCUCCAUGGAACAAGCCGCGUGACUACAGAGCAUGCGUGCUUGCGAAUGGGCUGCGAGUCCUUCUGGUGUCUGACAUGGAGACGAGCAAGGUCGAGGCCGCCUUCACUGCAGGUUUCGGGCAGUUCGAUGAUCCGGAAACCUCUGGGGUGGCUCAUCUCACGGAACAUCUGCUGCUCUCGAGCCCAGGUCCAAACGGAGCCGAGCCACUGGAGACGUGGCUGGAAGAGCCGGCGCGCGACGGAGAUUCCAACGGCUUCACCGCCUUUGACAAUGCUUUGUUCACAGUCUCGUCUAACAUGAACGAGUGGCGGUCUGCGCUUGCCCGCUUCGCCCAUUGCUUCAGGCCGGCAACGCCCGAUGAUGCUCGAUUUCAGGCUAGUGCCGUGCAGCGUGAAGUGCUCAGAGUUGAUGAUGAAUUGAACGGCCGGCCGUCGGCAGCAGUGCGGAACUUGCAACUCCUUCGCCGCCGAGCAGUCUCUGGGCAUCCUUUGCGACGUUUUGGGCCAGGCAGCCUGAAAACCUUGCUCCCGAGAGGUCAAGUACGGCAGGACUUGGCCGAGCUGGGCACAGUUUGCCAAGCAUUCUUUGAAAGACAUGUCUGUGCCGAAACAUCAACCCUAGCAGUGGUUGCAGCUGUACCUUUGGAUGAGCUGGAAGAGGCCGUGGCUUUUGCCUUUCAAGACGUGCAGACCAAGGUCAAGAGCUUCAAUCGCAUUGCGGUGCCCGACCCGCUGCCGGAACCUUCCGGCGGCGCCCUCCUUCCCCCCUGCUUCGUCGUGGACGUGAGUGCGAACCCAGCAGUCAGCAUCACCUGGAGUAUACCUUUCACGGACGCCUCGGCCUCGACGGCGUCUUUCCGUGCCUCGAAGCCGCAGGUCGUCUUGUCUCAUCUAAUUGCUCACCAGGGGCCCGGAUCCCUCUCAGCUUGGUUGAGAGAGAAGGGCUGGGUCCCUGCGAAUUUGGGCCCAAAAGUUUCCGCCCAAACCGUCUUCAUCACAGAAUCUGGAUUUGCGCUGUGGGAGAUCAAGGUCCGACUUUCCCCCAGAGGCCUCACUCAGUGGCGCCAGGUGGUCGCUGCAGUGUUCGGCCUUUUGGCAGCACUACGCCAGAGCCGCAAGAAGGGAGGCGGACGCGAUGUCUUGAGCGAGGCGGCAGACGAAGUAUCCGCCCUGGCCGACGUUGCCUGGCGCUUUCCUCCGCGUCCCCCGCUCGCCCGGGAACUCGCCUUGGACAUGAGGUCGGCGCCACGCCCUGCGGCAUACGUUUGUGCAUCUCGACGGAUCUUCUCCGCCACGGAGUGGGGUCCCAGCGCAGGUGCUUGGAGAAACUUGGACCAGACAGAGAAGGCUGCUCGCUUCACCUCUCCACUUGCUCGAGCGGCUUCGUCAGACGAGGCGGGGAGGAUGCUCGAUCGCCUUCUCCCUCAGCUCGGGCGAAUCACCCUUUUCAGCACGACUCCGCAAGCGAUCACACCGAUGCAAGAUCCAGACCUUGGGCUGGACUACGGCGAGCUUCGUGUAUCCAACGCAGACCAGGAGAAGUGGAUUCUGGCCUCCAGUACUCCGCCUGACUGGUGGCAAAUGCCAGCGAAAAAUCUGUACUUGUCCAAAGCCGAGAAGAUUGAAAGGUCCUCGUUGCUUGCACCUGGAAAGGCCGUAAUGGGGAAGCCAAACAAGAAGGUAAAUGGGGUUUACUGGUCUGACAGUUGUCGUCCAACUCAGAUUCGGAUGCCGGCCUCCCAAGUGACCCAAGCGACUCCCAAAUUUGUGUGGGACGUUCCCGGCUGCAUCUACGUGUCUGGCCAGUUCAACGAACUGGUGGUUCCUCUGGGCGAAGAACCCUUGGUGACUCUGACUCUCUGGUUGCCUGCUGCUCGUGUCGCGGAAGCAUCACUGCAGCAGCGUGCUGCAGGGCGCGUCUGGCUUAAGUCUUUGCAGUGCGAAUUGGAAAGUCCCUUUUACGGCGCUGCACUGGCAGGCUGCCGCUGGGAGGUUGCAUUCUUCACGACAGGUUCCGAGCUGUCAGACUCAGGCAUGCGACUUUGCUUCCAAGGAUAUUGUGACAACAUCGUGACCUUCGUGCCUGAUGCCGUUCGUGCGAUUGUGGGGCACGUGGCCCCUUCGUCUGAAAACUUUGAGUCGUUGCGAACUCUUGCCAUCGCAGAAGUGCCAGCACGUGGUGCAGAGAUGAGCAAGCUGGUUGCCUGCCUUAAGAGUUUGCAGAUCUCGGACAUUCGCGACGAGGUGGAGGCCUUGUGGACCAGUGUUUCGCGUUCGUUUGGAUCCUCACAGGGGCUAGUUGCUGGUGCCCUGGAGAAAGAACAAGCCAGCGAACUGGUUAGGGAUGCGAUCGAGCUUCUUCCACUCCACAUCGGUGGCCCCAGCAACCCUCCGUUGAACAGUUCAGAGCCGUUGCCACCAGCUGUGCUGAUGCGUCGGCCCUCUUGGCAAGGACCAGUCGCUCAGAGCCUGUGCUUGGCGUCGGGGCUACCGGAGCUGCUGGAUGUGUGCGGGCGCACUUGGCGAUGA